AUGGUUUCCCUGAUGACUGGUCUGUGGCAGCUAUUUAUUCCCGUGAUUGUCCUGUUGCAAUUCUCAGCGUCUCUUCCGUCCCGCGAAAGGACCGAGAGACAUGCGGAUGGGCUCUUCCACAGUGAGCUCAGGAAGAUGAAUGGCAAUGCCUAUGUGCAGCAGCUAGUCAGACACCUAGUGGGCCUCAAGGAGAGGUCCCAGAGGCACUCAGAUGGGCUGUUUACCAGUGAAUACAGCAAGAUGAGAGGAAAGGCUCAAGUUCAGAAGUUCAUCCAAAAUCUUAUGGGCCGCAAGCGCAGCCCUCCAGGCCCAGGCAAUGCAGAUGUGCUGGGGAGAGAGGAGAAAAGCAGCCAUGAGGAUCUUUGCUUUAUGUGGCUAUACCAGAGCUUUCUGAACGCCAGCCACUCGAGCAGUGAUGCCAGGGAAGCUGCUGCAGUUACCAGCCAGUACAUUUGUCCCAUCUCCAAGCAGCUGGUUGCAGAGAUGAAGGAAGAUGAGGACAGUUUUGACUAG